GUCUUUAAUCAGGUUGUAUUGGCCUCACCUGGAACCUUUAUAAAAUACUAUAGUUUAGCACUUGGCAGCCUUUGGUCCGUUUUAUUUUAUCUGUGGCGAUGGGUGGACGUUUUUUGUUUCUUUGUGCAGUCUUAUUGCAGUUGUCAGGGCCCUUACAAGUUGUUUCAGCUGGAAGCAGUCCUGUGAAGUGUGGAGUGGGCUCUAAAUUGUGCAAAGACGGCUCAGAGUGUGUCCUCUAUAGUCAUGUGUGUGAUGGAGAGUCUGACUGCAGGGAUGGUUCAGAUGAAGAAGGCUGUGCUUCUGUAUGCAAUGAAGAUCAGUUCCAGUGUGCCCAUGGGAAGAAGUGCAUAGACAAGGACCAGAUGUGUGACAGUAUAUUGCACUGUCAGGACCGUUCUGAUGAACUGCAGUGUACAAAGCAAAGUGAGGGCUGUGUUCACCACUGUGACAACAAAAGUCGCUGCCUGCCUGCAAAACUCCUCUGCGAUGGAGAGUGGGACUGUUUAGAUGGCACAGAUGAGGCCAGUUGUGAAGACCAAGAGGAAGAUAGACAUGAAAAGGAUGAAGAAACCAGACCAAUCUCUGUGCCCGCCGCCUCUGUAGGCUCAUCAGCCCUCAUCAAGUGUCCUUUGGGCUCUAAAUCGUGCAAGGACAACACAGAGUGUGUCCUCUACAAACAUGUCUGUGAUGGAGAAGCAGACUGCAGAGAUGGCUCAGAUGAGGAAGAAUGCUCACUGGCAUGUGAAACAGACCAGUUCCAGUGUGCCCAUGGAAAGAAAUGCAUAGAGCAGAGCCAGGUGUGUGACGGUGUGUCUCAGUGUCAGGACCGCUCAGAUGAACAGGGAUGUGCUAAGAAGAUUGAGGGCUGCACUCACCAGUGUGAUGACAACAGUCGCUGCAUUCCUAUCAGCUUCCUCUGUGACGGGGAGAGGGACUGCUGGGACGGCAGUGACGAGGCAAACUGCGCGGAUGAAGGCUGCAGUGCCACUGAGUUUAAGUGUACCAAUGGCCAGUGUGUGUCAGCCACAAUGCGUUGCGAUGGUCACCCAGACUGCUGGGACCACUCGGAUGAGGAGAGCUGCACCACUGCACCGGCCUGCACCACCAAACACCGCUGCCCUCAGAGCAAGGAAUGUCUGGUACAGGAGUGGAUUUGUGAUGGAGAUCAGGACUGCAAAGAUGGCACAGAUGAGAAGGAUUGUCCUGUGGCUCCACUAAACUGUGGUGAGUUCCAGUGGACGUGUAAAUCCAAGACAAAGUGUAUCCCUACAGCCUGGAGGUGUGAUCGCAUGAAGGACUGUGACGAUGGCAGCGAUGAGACUGAAUGCGGGAUGGUGACAUGCCUCCCUCACCAGUUCCAAUGUGGCAGCCAGGAGUGCAUAGAUCCGGUCCUGGUGUGCAAUGCCAUUACCAACUGUGCAGAUGGCUCAGACGAGGGAGGCAGCUGCCAGAUGAAAUGCGUAGAAGGAGAUAGCAGCCUCUGUUCCCAGAGCUGCUACAGCACACCACAGGGAACGCGUUGUCACUGUGCAGCAGGGUUCAGGCUCAUGGAGGAUGGGCUGACCUGUGCUGAUAUUGAUGAGUGUGAGAGUCCAGGUGUGUGCAGUCAGCUGUGCAUCAACACUCCAGGCUCAUACCAGUGUGACUGUCAUCCAGGCUACAUUAUGGAGGCAGGUGGACACCACUGCAAGAUCACUGGCGAACCCUUCCUGUUGGCCUCAGUCCAAACAGACCUCUACUUACUAGGCCUUCGUAGCGGCAGCUUAGAUGUCUUGUCUUCCUCUGCCAAGAAGGCCAUCCUCUCCCUGGACUACGAUUGGAGAGAUCAAAGAGUCUUCUGGGUCAGUCUGGACACGGACAGCAUCAGGUGGUCCUUGCUGGACCAGAAGACCACGGGAACUCUGAUUAAAGGUGUCCGAGCUGAUUCUGUAGCUGUAGACUGGCUCGGAAGGAAUCUGUACUGGAUUGAUGGAGUGAACAGUCAGAUUGUGGCUAUCAGGCUGGCAACAUCCACUGUGAAGUCCCUGGAUCACAGUGUCAUCAUGGAUGAAGACCUGGAUCAACCUCGCUGUCUAGCGUUGCUGCCACAAAAAGGGCUGAUGUUCUGGACAGAAAUUGGGAAUGUAGUGAAGAUCGAGCGUGCUGGAAUGGAUGGAUCAGAAAGGAUGGCGGUGGUGAACUCAAGUUUGGGCUGGCCGGGCGGUGUGGCUGUGGAUACCAUCUCUGAGAGAGUUUACUGGACAGAUGAAAGGCUGAGGGCGAUUGGAUCUGCAACGCUGGAUGGAGAUGACAUUCGGAUUCUACAGAUGAAAGAGACCACAAACCCAUUCUCCCUAGCAGUGUUCAAUGACAUGCUCUACUGGUCUGAUGCCAAGAAGCGAGUGGUGCUGGUGGCUCAUAAAGUCUCUGGCAAAAACUGUCGUGUUCUCCUGAAAAGACCCAGACAACCUUUUGGCGUGAAGAUCAUCCACCCAUUGCUCCAGAUGGAAAUUGAGAGUCCCUGUGAGAAGAUGGACUGCUCCCACAUGUGUGUGUUGGCCCCAGGACCUGUGGCUGUGUGCAAGUGUCCUUUUGGUCUUUUAUUGGCUGAGGAUGGCCUGACCUGCUCCAGCCUGGUUGAUUCAGCUUUCCUGCUUAUGCUGUCUCCCUCCACAGUUACCCAGAUCUACUUGCAGUCCCGACACACAGCAGUAGAGCUGAAGGGCUGGCCUGAACACUUGGCCUUGCAGGUGCCCAGCAUCAAUGAGGCAGCCAUCAUGGACUACAGCCUACGCGACCACACUCUGUUCUUGACAGAUGAUGGCACGACUUCACUUAGCUCCUUCAAGUUGAAGGACUCGGACUUGUCCCCUCAGGGCCAGCUUCUAAAACUCUUGGGCGACACCAUCACUGCUAUGGCCCUGGACUGGAUAACGCUUAAUAUCUACUGGAGUAGCAACAAACAGCCCCGCCUGCAGGUCACCUCCAUCACGGCUGCACACACUGCUGUUCUCAUAAAAGAAGGCAUUGGCAAAGUGGAGUCCAUCGCCCUUCACCCUCCCAGUGGAAGAGUGUGUUUCACCAACCUAGGCUUGCAGAGCAAAGGCACUGUGGCUACUAUAGAGUGUGCUAACAUGGACAGUGCUGGGCGUAGUGUGGUGUGGAAGGAUGCUGUCCAGCCCACAUCUCUGGCCUUCUCUGCUAAGGGGGAUACAGUUUACUGGGCUGAAACUGGUUUGGGGACCAUUGGCUUUGUCCAGCUUGAUGGAUCUGGAUAUUCAGAACUGAAGGUUGGUCAUGGCCUGGCUGCUGUGACUCUGAGUGAUGACACACUGCUCUGGAUGACUGUCAGUGAUAAGACCAGGCUCUGGUACAGGGAUGAGCAGCAACAGAGCAAGUUGUGGUUUGAAGUUGGCACAGAGGUGGUCAGCAUAAAGGCAUUCAGCAAGUCCAGUCAGACUGGUUCAAACCAGUGCACAGAAAACAAUGGCAACUGCCAGCACUUAUGCCUUGCUACCCUAGAAGGUCGGACAUGCAAGUGCGAUCACGAUCACCUCCUUGUGAAUGCCACCCACUGCAGGCUAGAGCAGCGCUGCCCGGGUGGCACCAGGCCGUGUUUGGAUCAACUCUCAUGCCAACCAUUGGAGAAAUUCUGUAACGGGCAUGUUGACUGCUAUGACCACUCAGAUGAAAACUGUGUCACUCUGAAGCAGUGGUCAGGAGCCAAGGUCCUUGCUUCUACUCCAUCUCGCAGCUCUUCUCCUCAACCCACCCCUCUCUCUGAAGUCACUGGCUUGAACACCACCCUGAAUGCGAGCGACCAGCUUAGGAACCUGGACGCCCAGGAGUGCAGCCAGAGACGCUGCAAUGGCAAUGGACAUUGUGUGGAGACCAAUGGAGACACUACAUGUGUAUGUUCACUGGGCUACAGUGGUUAUUCAUGUGAAGACCAUCUCCUAAAGAGCAUGCAGGGUCCCAUUGUGUAUGCCGCAGCAGGGCUCUGUGCAGGAGUGGUGGUCAUUGCUGUGAUGGCAGUGGUAAUUAAGAGGAGGAAGAGUGCCAAUACAAGGAGAGCUAACUUGGCAGCAGUGAAGGAAACUAGUAUGACUGACCUGGAGAACAAAGCUGAGACCACCCCAAGUACACAAAUUUCUCCAGAAGACACGGACAAACCAGAGGAAGUGGUAUCUUCUGUGGACUAAGGCUGAUUCAUGGGCAAGCAAUGUUUUAAAUAAACAAUUUUCCAUUGUUUCCUAUGAAGUUAUUUAAGCAUUGCGACCUCAAGUGCAGAAAAUGCUGUUUGGUGUAUUCUGUGAAGGAUAGAACAGACUGCUGCAGCUACUCAGAGGUUCUUGAUCCAAAACAACCCUGUAAUCUUUUUCCUUCUGUGUCUAAAUAUAUAUUUGUCAUAAAACACUGAACGAACAAUUUUCAU